CGGGAGGUUACAUAAGCUCAUUGUCAGCUCUGAGAGAGUCCGCGGGCAAAACGAAACUUAGGCAGGCAGAAAAAAAAGAGGCGCCAUGGAGAUGCAGGAGAUCCGAGAGGAGCCGGAGAAAACCGCGGAGGACGAGGGAGCGACCGGGCCGGCGCCGGAGGUCAAAGCUGAAGAGGAAGCAGAACCAGACCACUACGCCAAGCUGCACAACCCGUCCGAAGACGUCUACUCAGAAAGCUACUACCAGCCGCUCAAAGCAGCAGCAGCAGCAGCAGCAGAGCGUCUUCUUUGGCUUCCGUCUCCUCCUGCAGGUCUGGGCUGCCAGCAGUGCGCCACCGGCUGGCUGGCUCUCGGCAGGUCGUGUUUCUACCUGUCCACCUUCAGGCUGAACUGGGCCGAGAGCCAGAGGAACUGCAGCUCCAGAGGAGGAAGCCUGGCCGUGGUCGGCAGCCACGGAGUCCAGAGUUUUCUGACUGAGAAGGGGUUUCUGAAGUACUGGAUCGGGCUGAAGAACGAAGGGAGCACGUGGACCUGGGUCAACAACACGGUGCUGCAGAAGAGCUACUGGGCGGACCGUCCUCAGGAGGGCGACUGUGGCAUCCUGAGCAGCCAGCAGCCUGCAGACAGGAACUGGAUCAGAGCCUCCUGUCACGCCUCGUCCUACUUCAUCUGUCAGCUGCACGUCUGAUCCAGCGUCAGCUCCUCGUCGACGCCUCGCUCGGCUCUGAGAGGAAUCCAGAUGUUUUUUACUUUCUUACAGCUCCGUGUAGCUUCAUCUAACACUGCCCAGCUUCGACCAGCUCUUCUGCUCCACCGGCUCUGAUUCAAGCCAAACUUUUGUAAAAUGUAGAUAUUUAAAAUGUAAUCUGUGGAAGUUUAGCUUCACAUGUCAAACACUUUCUGAGAUAAACAGCAGGUUUUUUUUUAGGCUGUUUCAACGACAACAUCAGAGGAGCUGUUAAAGAUAAAAACCUGAAAUGUUCUCUGUUGUUUCUCAUCAUGUCGCUGAUUCAGGAUCUAUCAUGUCGGAAAAUUGAAAUAUGAGAAACGUUUGAGCUUCUUCACGACUACCUGGUGAUGUUUUCUGAACCACAUGUGGCUGCAGGUCACAAGAACACAAAACUAAACACGCAGAAGCUUUUAAUGUGAAAUAUUUGGUCACCAACAUGGAAAUAAAGUUACUUCAGUUGAGCUUUUAUAUCUGAUUGUAGCGUAAAAACCUAAAUAUCAGCAGCUGGUCUGAUCCAAGUAGAGUUUUGUGGAAUAUUAUAGAUUCUGGAUCAACGACAUGAUGAGAAACAACAGAGAACAUUUCAGGAUUUGAUCUUGAACAGCUCCUCAGAUGUUUUGGUUCAAGCAGCUGUGAGAAAAACCUGCUGAAGAAAAGCUGAUUUCAGACAGUAUUUGAUAAAUGAAGCUCAAAUUUCGCAGGUUUCAUUUUAAGUGUUUGUAUUUUCUGCUAAAGUAGAUCAGAUGAAACCACCUCCACAUUCCUUCUGUUUCACAGACGACGUCCAGCAGGUUUCAAGACGUUUUAUUCUCAUAUAAAAGUGUUCAUACAGCUACA